AUGGCUGAUUCAGAAACGCCAUUUUCUAAACAUGUAGAAACACCUUUGACAAUCAAUGAUGAAAUCUCGUUAACAAAUAAUCCUGAAAUUCCAGUUCAAAGCAAUAUGAAUUUCAAUUUUGAUGAUCCUUAUUUUCUUUCUUCUUCUGACAUUUCACAAUAUUCUAUUGUCGCUCUUCUUUUUUCGGGUUCUAACUAUGUAAACUGGAGUAGAUCUGUGAAGAUGGCUUUAUAUGCAAGAAAUAAGGUGAGUUUUAUUGAUGGAACUCUUUUUAAACCAUCUGUUUCUUCCUCUGAUUUCAAGAAAUGGAUCCGGAAUGAUUACAUUGUAAGAUCUUGGAUCAUCAAUUCCAUGGAAAGAGGUAUUGCAGAAACCUUCAUGUUUGUUGAUUCAACUUAUCAAUUGUGGAAGGAAGUUAAAGAUAGAUAUGGUCAAAGCAAUGUACCUCAAUUGUUUGAUCUACAUAGAUCUCUUUUUCUUAUUGAACAGAAAGAUUCUUCCAUUAAUGAAUAUUAUGCUAAAAAAAAGAGAAUAUGGGAUGAAAUUCAUGACCUAGAAGGCUUUCCUGAUUGUUCUUGUGCCUAUGAUCAAGUUAAAACAAACAUUCUUAGUACUGAUCCUUUACCUAACAUCAAUAAAGUAUAUCACAUUUUACAAUCUGUUGAGAGACAACAUCAGAAUAACCUUUAUACAAGUCAUUCAAAUGAUAUAAGUGCUUUUGCUGCUCAUCAAUUCAAACCUGAUAAUUCUGCUGGUAUGAGGAAGGAUUCCAAGAAAACUAAGUUUGAAAGAGUGUGUGAGCAUUGUAAAGGCAAAGUCAUGAGAAACAGCACAAAACCCACACACAGCAAUCAUUACUGUGGGUCACAGGAAGAGCCAAAAUGUAACACUGCCUUAAAACAAAUUGAAAUAGGCGCCAAAAUGAAAUAA